AUGGGUACCUCUGUGUCACACAAUGAGCAAAGAGCCACAAGUGAGACAGGAAACGGCAGCAGUCAUCUCUAUAGAUCCUACCAGUCUUUGUAUCAACAACCGGAUGGCCAACCGCAGCACUCUCAAAAUGGGGACAAUGCACAACCAAACACCAAUCUCACUGAUGGACUGUGUUUGUAUACUGAGACCGACCCAUUACUGCCAGAUGGACACCACAGCGGGUCAAUGGACAGUGAAACCAGGAUAACAAAGAAUUCCGAGGGCUGCGAUGCCCAGGACAAUGCCCAGGUCAUACCUGCUGAGUCAGUUCGCUCCAUGGUGCUGCAGAUCCUGGUGCCCUUUCUGCUGGCUGGGCUCGGGACAGUCUCUGCUGGAAUGCUGCUUGAUGUGGUUCAGCACUGGGAGGUGUUUCAGGAGAUCACAGAAAUCUUCAUUCUGGUGCCUGCUGUAUUGGGCCUCAAGGGGAACCUGGAAAUGACCCUGGCCUCUAGACUUUCAACUGCUGUAAAUGCUGGGAAAAUGGAGUCAGCAGGAGAAAAAUGGAGCUUGGUCAUUGGUAACCUGGCUCUGAAGCAGGUGCAGGCCACAGUGUUAGGACUGUUGGCUGCCCUGAUGGCAAUUGCAUUAGGCUGGAUGGUAGAGGGGACGAUGCUCCUUAGUCAUGCAAUUCUCCUCUGUUCAACCAGUGUUGCUACUGCCUUCAUGGCCUCAUUACUGCAAGGUGUCAUUAUGGUGGGGGUGAUCCUUAGCUGCAAGAAGAUGGGCAUAAACCCUGACAAUGUGGCCACACCUAUGGCUGCCAGUUUUGGGGACAUCGUGACCCUUGCCUUCCUGGCCUGCCUCAGUGAUUGGUUCUACAAAUGCAUAGAGCUGUAUUCCUAUGUGCUGUACCUGGUGGUUAUAUUACUUCUGUGCCUGAUCCCCGUCUGGGCAAUACUAUCCGCCAAACACCCAGCCAGUCGCAUGCUCCUCUUCACAAGUUGGGAACCAAUUAUUACAGCUAUGGUCAUCAGCAGUAUUGGAGGACUUGUACUUGAUACAGCAGUGUCAGACCCAAACUUGACAGGGAUAAUAGUCUACGCUCCAGUCAUAAAUGGUGUUGGAGGAAACCUUGUUUCCAUUCAGUGUAGUCGCAUUGCUACUGAUUUGCACUUGCAUUGCUCACCUGGAGAGGUCACCAAAAAUCAUAACUGCUGCAAUAGCUCCUGCCAUACAUUCUGUGGCUCUGGAGUGAACCAUCGAUCUGCUCAAUUGCUACUCCUUUUGGUGAUCCCUGGUCAACUGCUCUUCUUAUACACCAUUCACCUGAUGAAAGGAGGUCACACUUAUCCCACUCCUGUCUUCAUAAUUAUCUUCCUUUCUGCAGCUCUGAUUCAGGUCUUUUGUUUGCUCUGUUUAGCUGACUGGUUGGUCCAUUGCCUGUGGCGGAGGGGUAAGGACCCUGACAGUUACUCCAUUCCCUACCUCACAGCCCUGGGAGAUCUUCUCGGGACUGCGCUCCUCUCUCUAGCCUUUCUUUUGCUCUGGUGCCUUGGGGACCCUGGCAGCACUUAAUUUGAAUGCUCUCAUAUUAUAAACAGAAGAAACCACUGUCAAGAAAAAUUGUCCAGUGCCCUUAUUUUUAAAAUGAUGUUUUCUAGUUUGGCUGUGUUUAUCCUGUUAUUUUACUGUACAGCACUUUCUAACUUGGAUGAUAAUAGUGCUGCUUCUCUAUUACAACUGUUUACCUUUGUGCUAUAUUUGUUGUUAAUAUGCUAUUAGUUAAAUAUUCACUUCACAUUUACAAUUAAAGUGAUACUAUAAUUGAAUGUGAAUGAUUUGGUUACAUC